UUCAGAACAGGCAGAACAGUGUGGAGUUGUGCGCUUGCAAACCAGCAUCAUGCAUCCCAGGUCUUAUUAGGAAUCUUUGCUACAGCUAUUUUCUUUUUUUUUUAAGCUAUUGUAGUUUAGAUAGUUGGAGUUUUAGUCAUGAGGCGACACUACUCAGCAGCUUUUUGCUUUGUUUUAGUUUUUGUUCCUGCGAUGAGCACUUCCUGUCCUUCACAAUGCAGCUGCUUCUACCACAAGCUGAGUGAUGGAUCCAAAGCAAAGAGUGUGCUAUGCAAUGAUCCAGAGAUCACUGUGGUUCCUCCAAACUUCCCCUCUGACACCUCUAAGCUGCGCAUAGAAAAGACUGCCAUCACACGCAUUGCCAGCGAUAACUUUCACUACCUCAACAGUCUGGAGUAUCUCUGGAUGUCAUUCAAUUCCCUAAAUUCACUGAAUGCUGGUAGCUUUCGGGGUCUUUACAACCUGGAUGAGCUCAGGCUGGAUGGCAAUGCCCUCACUUCCUUUCCAUGGGAAUCUCUGAUCGACAUGCCAAUCCUGAGGCUCCUUGACCUACACAACAACAAGAUCUCUAGCAUCCCUGCAUCAGCCACCACGUACAUCAGGAACAUCACUUAUCUGGAUUUAUCCAGCAACAGUUUGACAACCCUUCCAGCUGAGGUCCUCUCAAUGUGGCUUAGUAUAAAGCCAUCUCCAGACUCUGAAUCCUCCAAAUUAAUUCUGGGUCUUCACGACAACCCGUGGCUGUGUGACUGCCGACUGUAUGACCUGGUUGAAUUUCAAAAGUCGCCCUCCUCCUCUGUGGCUCUCAUUGACACAAGGCUCAGGUGCGUCGAUCCAGAAAGCCUGUCAGGAGUUUUUUUCACCGAAGCUGAGUUGGAGAGGUGCCAGGGCCCUCGGGUGCACACGGCUGUGGCACGGGUUCGGAGCUCGCUGGGGAAUAAUGUUCUGCUUCGCUGUGGCACCGUUGGGGUUCCCAUUCCAGAGUUGACUUGGAGUCGCGCAGAUGGGAAGAAGCUAAAUGGCACUGUUCAGGAAGAGAUUUCAAAAGAAGGGAUCAUUUGGUCGAUUCUGAGUGUGCCUGCAGUCUCCUACAGAGAUUCUGGAAAGUAUAUCUGCAAAGCAACCAACUUUAUGGGCACCGCGGAUGCCAUCAUCUCCUUGGUGAUUACAGAUUCAAUCAAAUCAGAUGAACCUGUUGGGGGAGUAUCUAAGAGAGGCAAAGGGAAGAAACCCAGUGGGAUGGGGAGAGCUGCCUACCAAGAGAAGCUCAUUGCAAGAUAUGUUCCCCCACCAACCAGAACUGCAGCCCAACCCAUUAUUGAACCUCUAAAUGGCAAAGGCGUGACUGGAAAGUAUGAGAUAGAGAGCUACAGUGUCUCUGACGAUGCAUCUCCAGGACGAGGAAAAGCUUCAAAAUCUAAAAAGCCAAAAGAUGACCGUCAGGAGGCUUUAAGUAACUUGGCAGCUAAUGCCUCAUCCUUACAGCAAGCUCCUGAAAAAAGGGUGGUGCGCUCAGUCAAGGUGAUUGGCGACACUGACCAUACAGUCUCCCUGAACUGGCGAGCUCCCACGGCCACAAACACCACAGAAUUCAGUAUCCUCUAUGCUGUGUUUGGGGAGCGAGACAUGCGCCGCAUCAAUGUAGGCGCCGGAAAGAACCGGAUGACCAUUGAAGGCCUCGUACCAAAGACCAAGUACAUCGCUUGCGUGUGCGUCAAAGGUUUGAUCCCAAAAAAGGAGCAGUGUGUAAUCUUUUCAACAGAUGAGGCCGCCAGUGCCAGUGGCACUCAGAAGCUUAUCAAUGUUGUGGUGAUAACUGUGGCUUGUGUGAUCGCUGUCCCUUUGACCCUGAUCGUUUGCUGCGGGGCGCUGAAGAAACGUUGUCAAAAGCUUCUGGGCCGUCAGACUAAAGAACUGCAGGACUCCUAUGUAACGUUUGAGACGCUCGGGCCUGGGGGCAAAGCCAAAGGGAUGGAGGGCGAGUAUCUUACUCGCUUAAACCCCGAUGAAUCCAACAGGCUUCUGUCAGCACGGUCAAGCGUGGAUUCAGAGGCCAUUGCCAGAACUGAAGGGGCCCCUAAUGAGUACUUUUGCUAAAAACCACUCAGAACCUCAAUUUCCAGAGAAUGCACUUUGUUUUGCCUGAGAUGUUUGAUAGAUGCUUGGGUGCUCAGAGGCUCUUGAGACUCAUGGGAAGCUCGUGAGCUCUCCAGAAAACACUGACGGCUCUAUCAGCACUGGAUGUAUGAGAUUAUUUUUGCAGCCUUGUCGGAAUAAGAUCCGCCAUUAUUUGGCUGAAAGCAAAACAGAAAAAGGGAAGAUAAGAUAUGUUUUAAAUGUUGUUAUUAUUUUGUGAAAAUGAUGACUUUUUAUUCGUCAUGCACUUUUUAAAGCUCCUGUUUUGAUCUAAGCUCUCAUAUGCCCAGCCAUUUUUCUUGAAUGUCAGGUUUUGUGUUUUAUUCUUUAUGUAACACAUAACGUGUUUUAGUAAACCAGCAGUUUGUUUGGUCAGACUUCAUGAUGUGCCAGUUUUUCUUUUGGCUCAGAAACCUAAAAGUUCAGUGCAUUUGUAACACACACACACACACAAACAAAUACAUAUAAAAAAAUACUAAACAUUUUACAAACACUGACGUUUUUUGU